AAAAAGCGCCCUUUGGGUAAAAGAGCUCGUCGCCCCCGCGGUCACUCGAGCCGCAGCUGCGCGCAGCUGUUUGUUGUCCACACGGCCUCCACGUGUUUGGCGGCGCGCCACUGUUUAUGGCUCCUCCCAUCCAGUUGUAUAAAGCUGCCUCACCAAGUCCUAUUUGCUAGUCGCUCACAGCAGUCUGCAGGCAGAAGUAUAGAGAAAAGGUGCGAAGGAGUAAAACGCUUAGUGGCUUUUCAGUUCUGUUUGUGAAACGUCUUCGUGGUUUACCUAUUGAAGCCAGAAUGGCCUCUGUACCCUCUGCGGGAUGCCUACUUGCAAGGAAUCAAUUCUAUAGAACCCGACAUAACUCAACGUCCAGUACAUCAUCUUCCAGCUCUUCAUGCUGUGAUCUUCUUGCAGAACAUGAAAGGACGCCAGCUCCUCAUGGUAUUCAUAUCCCAUUUGAAAAAUGCUGGUGGCUGAAAAAUUUUCUUCAUUGUGAAAAUCCCCAACCAGCCCAUCCAGAAAUAUCUUCUAAUAGUGGCUCAAGUUAAUACAUGCUAAAAGGAUGUUUCUACUGCACUAAUUCCUUAUACUCGCCUGGAAUCAUGUUGGUGCUUUUUUUUUUUUUUUUUGAGAUGGACAGUUCCAAAAAAGCACAAAACUUGCCAAAUUUUAUGACUGUCUCUGCUUAUAACAUGUUUCUAGUAGAGUUUGUAUAGUAUUUUGUAUCUUCAGAUGGUUAAUGCAGUUUUGCUUUGGUACUGACAAACUGAAUUUCUUAAAUACAUGUACACUUUUUGCUUUGUAGCAAAAAACUACUGUAGGAAAAUGCAGACAACAGCAAUAUAGUUCUAUGUACUGUACUGCAAAAUGUAGCUGUUUUUAUGUAUUCAUUGAAACACUUGAUUUGAUUAAUAGUCUCUUAAAUUGGAUGUAAACUGGAUGAUUACACAAGUUUGUUUUGUAUGUAUUUUUAUAAUUAAACUUUUAUAAUAAAA